GGAGGUAAAAGUAGGGAAAAGAUGAAAUUAAAGACAUCAGGAAAAUUUAAAUAUCUUGUUUUUAACAUUGCUAUGAAAUUAAAGUCAUUUAAUUCAUAAAUUUUUAAAUUGUAUGGACAAUUUUUUUCUUCUUUCAAUGAUAUCAGCCUGUCUCUCUUGCACUUAUGAUUUUCUGUUUGGUUUCCUAUACUACUUUACACUUUAGGUUCACAUGCGGAUUGCACAUUGCACCCUUCGAUGGUUUCAGUGUAACUGCAAAAAUAAUGAAAGUUUUUCUAUAAUUAGAAAAAAAUGAAUAAUGAUAUUGAGAAAAGUGAAAAUUUAUUAUCUACUGUUAAAGUAGAUAAACUAACAGGAGUUUGUGCCAUUAAAAGAGAAUUUAUUGUUGAAGAUCACGUCAGGCAGUUAAGUAAAGAAUGCUUAACAGUAGAUGACAAACAGAAGAUUGAAACAAAAGUUAAUAAUGAAGAAGCACAAGAUGAACCUCCGAAUAAGAGAAUGCGAGAAGAUGAUAGAAAGGAUAAAUUGAAAGGCCAAAAUAAAGCGAGACCUCCACCUUUCAAACCACUUAAGGAAAACAAUUUAUGCCCUUACAUUAUGGAUCAAGGUGUCGAUGAACCAGUGAAAAAGUGUACAAAUCAAAAAUGUGCUUUCAUGCACGACCGAGUUGAAUAUAUGAAAAUAAAACCAGUCGAUGUUAGCGAGGAAUGCCAUAUUUUUAGUAUAAUGGGAAAAUGUCCACGAGGUCUUUCUUGUAGAAUGGGUUCGCAACAUUUAACGGCAGACGGUUUGAAUAUAGUAGAUAAAAAUAAAUAUGAAGCAUAUCAGAAAAAGUCGCCAAGUGUAAGAAAUCAAAUAACUAAAGAUCUUCAAGAGAAACUAAGAAAGUACAAGUACAAUUUUUCCAAGGCAGAAAAGAUCAUAAAACUGAAUAAUCCUAUUAAAAAGAAUGCGGAGAAUAAACAGUCGUCCGAAAAUGAACCGUUAGUUAACAAUUUAAAUAGCAACGUCGAUGGUGGUGUUGAUUUAAAAACGAAGGAUUCAGAAACUGGAAAUGUAGAUAAUAAAAAGUGUCAAGCAAUUGGUCCUGCUCUGGAUACAGACAUCAUUAAACUGUUGCCUAAUGAAAAGAAAAAAAUCGAUUGGCGGAAUAAAAUUUUGCUCAGUCCUCUGACAACUGUGGGAAAUUUACCUUUUCGGAGAAUUUGCAAAGAAUAUGGAGCAGACAUAACUUGUGGAGAGAUGGCACUUGCACCGAGAAUAUUAAAAGGAGCUCAGGAAGAAUGGGCCUUAAUUAAAAGGCACGAAUCUGAAGAUAUUUUUGGAGUUCAAAUUUGUGGAAAUAAUCCUGGUGUUCUAACGAGAUGCGCUCAACUUUUAAAUCAAGAAUCGGACAUUGAUUUUAUUGAUCUCAAUCUUGGAUGUCCAAUUGAUUUAAUUUAUAAACAAGGAUCAGGAUGUGGGAUGCUUAAUAGAGCGAAUAUUUUGGAAACUGUUGUUAAAUCUGCUUCACAAAUUUUGAAUAUUCCCUUUACUAUUAAAACUCGAACUGGAAUUUACUUGGAUAAACCCAUUGCUCAUAAUUUAAUGCCAAAAUUUAGAGAUUGGGGUGUUGCAAUGAUUAAUAUUCAUGGAAGAUCAAGGGAACAAAGGUACACAAAACUAGCCGAUUGGUCUUAUAUUGAAAAAUGUGCUCAGGCUGCGAAUCCUGUUCCAGUUUACGGAGCUGGAGAUAUUCUAUCGUUUUAUGACAUAAACAGACUAAGAAAUACUUAUUCUACUAUUGCAGGAGUGAGUAUUGGUCGCGGUGCCUUAAUUAAGCCAUGGAUAUUUCAAGAAAUUAAGGAAGAGAAAUUAAUAGAUAUCUCUAGCGCAGAAAGAUUUGAUAUUUUAAAAAAAUAUGCUAAAUAUGGUCUUGAACAUUGGGGUUCGGACACUCGAGGAGUAGAAACCACGAGAAGAUUUAUGCUUGAAUGGAUUUCCUUUUUGCAUCGGUAUAUUCCAGUCGGAAUUCUAGAACAUCCUCCUCAGAAAAUGAAUGAACGACCUCCGUUUUAUAGAGGCAGAGAUGAAAUGGAAACUCUAAUGGCGAGUUCAAACUGUGCAGAUUGGAUUAAAAUAUCUGAACUAAUACUUGGAAGAGUACCUGAUGGAUUUCACUUUCUACCAAAGCAUAAGGCAAAUUCGUGGAAGUAAAAACAAAGUUAUUGAUGAACAAAAAGAUUUCUAUUCAAUUCAAACUUAAUGUUACUUUCAAUUUAAAUAAACUUUAUGUAAAUUAUGCAAAAUAAAAGUUGUGAUAUGGUUAAAAAUUUAUAA